AUGGGAAUGACCUCGUCACUUCGCCGGGAGGUUCAGCGAGUUAUUCACGAGGAUCUUCGACGUGCAAAUGUCCUUUGGAAUGAUGAACUCAACCGAGCAUUGAUUAUUAACUUUCACCAGUCUAAAUUGGAUCCUCGACCAUCAAAAUCGCGAGCGAAGAGAAAAUCGUAUCGGACAGAGUCACCGGAUGGAAAGCGUUUACGGGUGUUGUGA